CGACAACCUACCUAGGUACUUUGUGAUAAUUGAGCACGUGAAUUACUCGAAACCUACCUACCUACUCAACUACAAACAAAUAAAGAAACAAUCAAAAAAGAACAAAAAAUGACCUGCGAAGCCUGCCAAACCAUCCCGCCCGUCGUAGUCACCAACUACCAAACCAAAGGGCACUACAAACAAAUCGCCGGCCUCAAAACCUACAUAACCGGCCCCCCGACCUCCAAAAAAGCCCUCAUCACCAUCUACGACAUCUUCGGCUUCGCCUCGCAGACGCUCCAAGGCGCCGAUCUACUCGCCGCCGCCGUCGGCGCGCUGGUCUUCGUCCCCGAUUUCCUGGAGGGCCACGUUGCCCGGGAGGAAUGGUUCGCGAGCAAGGAGCCGUCGCCCGAGAAGGCGGCGUUCUUUGCGAUGCUGGAUCCGGCCGGGAAUGCGGGGAAAUUGGGAAGGUUUGUGGAGGCUGCGAAGGGGGAAGUGGAGUUUGGGGAUGUGCAGAGCUGGGGCGCUUUUGGGCUUUGUUGGGGUGGGAAGAUUGCGGUGUUGGCUUCGGGGCCGGGCACGCCGUUUAAGGUCUCGGGGCAGACGCAUCCUGGACAACUUAAUGUUGAAGAUGCCAAGAAGCUGGAGAUUCCUCACAUUGUCCUUGCGUCCAAUGGCGAGGAUGAGAAGGUCGUGGCUGAGUAUAAGGCGGUUCUCGUUGGUGAAGGCAAGCCAGGUGUGGUUGAGAGUUACAUGAACAUGCACCAUGGAUGGAUGGGAACAAGAGCCAAGUUGGAUGAGGCUGAGAACUUGAAGGAGUAUGAGAGAGGAUACAACCAAGUCGCAGCUUUCUUCGCCAAGCACCUUUGAGGAUAUCAUGUUAAGGAAAAGUGUUGUCUUUGAGCGGAGUUAUAGUAUGAAAGCACCAAGGACAAUGCAUUCUUGACUUGAAGACUAUGCAUUCAUUACACGUGAUUGGGAAUUGGAACAUAUGAUUGUGAGA